AUGGAGAUCGACUCGAAAAUCAAGGCUUACCGCUUCGUCGGCUAUGCGGCCGUCACCUUCUCGGCUGUCGCCGUCCUCUCCGUCUGCAUCACUUUGCCGAUGGUGUACAACUACGUGCACCACGUCCGCCGCCAGAUGCACAUGGAGCUGAACCAGUGCAAGGGAUCCGCCAAGGACGUCUGGAACAGCGUCUACAGCCUCAAGGAGAUGCCCGUCCACGGAAACAGGACGGCCCGUCAGGCCGGACACGAUGACCAGUGCUCUGGAUGCUGCUUGCCCGGACCCGCCGGACCUCAGGGAGCCCCCGGAAAGCCCGGAAAGCCCGGAAAGCCCGGAGCCCCCGGACUCCCCGGAAACCCCGGUCGCCCACCACAGCAGCCUUGCGAGCCGCCCGGAGAGAAGGGACCCGACGCCAACCCCGGACCCCCUGGACCCAAGGGACCCCCUGGACCUCCCGGACCCCCCGGAAACCCCGGAGCCCCUGGACAGCCUGGAGAGCCCGCCAAGGCCGAGCCCGUCGUCCCUGGACCCCCUUGGACCCCAAGGACCCCCGGCCCACAGGGACCCCAAGGACCCCCCGGACAGAAUGGAGCCGAUGGCAAGCCCGGCGAGCCUGGACAGAAGGGACCCCCCGGACCCGACGGAGAGCCCGGACAGGACGGAAACCCCGGAACUCCCGGACACCCCGGCCAGCCCGGACAGGCCGGAGAGAAGGGUAUCUGCCCCAAGUACUGCGCCAUCGACGGAGGAGUCUUCUUCGAGGACGGAACCCGCCGU